CUUCUCUCUCUAUCUCACAACCUCCCAGUUGUCCUCUCCCUAACACUCCCUCCUUUCCCCAUGCGAUUUGCCACGACGUUCAAUCUCUUAUUGCGCACAUACACCACCCACCUUGUCCUCCGCUCCCCAUCUUCCUAUGGCGGAGCGGGUCCCAGCUCCCGGAAUCGGCAAGGAUGAGUACACCGAACAGCAACCUAAUGAAAUGAUCCAACCAGCAGCCUCAUCAUCCACAUCUAGGGCAUUAGUACCACCAUCCCAAGAGUUAGUCCCCCACAACCAAUCUCAAUAUACCACCUUCAGGGCCGGUACCUACGUUGUCCAGGUCCCCAAGGACCAAAUCUACCGCAUCCCUCCCCCCGAAAACGCCUCCAUCAUCGAACGCCACCGUGAUCCGUCCAAAAGGAAGAAACCCCUCUGCUGUAACUUCGUCUGUCUUGGGAUCCUCGGUUUCUUUCUCCUAUUCAUCAUUUUGCUCAUCGCCGGGCUUUACGUGUCCGUGAUCUUCUCCAAAGACCCAAAAUUCUCUGUCCAACGCCUCGUGUACAACAACAAAACUAAUUCGCAUCGACCGGACUAUACCAUAACGUUGAAGGCCCAAAACCGAAAUUCCCAAGUGGCCAUUUUGUACAAGAAAGGCGGUGAGGCCUCCCUUAAUCUUAACACGCAAGAAAUCGCCACCGCUAGUUACCCGUCUUUUGAACAAGAUAGUGGAAAAUCAAAAGAGUUUGCUUUAAUCUUUCAUGGCUCCAAGAUUAAGUUGCCUAAAGAGAUUCAGAAAAGCAGUACGAGUUCCAAACCAAAAGUCCACGUCAAGUUUUCUCUGGGCAUGGACAUCCCGGGGCGAAUGAGUAGGGGGGCCUUGAAGAGAAGCAUGACAUUUCGGGUCGAUUGCGAUUUUACGGUGGAUACGUUGGUGAAAGGAACUCGGGUUCUGAACCGGGAAUGUCAUACAAACAGGAAAUAGCAAUUACAAAAUAAUGUGAUAUUACGUAGGAACGAGUUUGGCAGCAUUCAUCAUGUAAAGGUUAGCAGUAACCAAUCCAAUUAAUACAGUAAAUUUUAGGGAGCCCACAACAGAUUCUGUUGCAUCAUUGAAACUGUUUAAAAGUAAGGUUCUUACCCUGCAACGUUCCUACCCUGCAACCCCAACGGGUUGGGGGUUGUUACCUUGUUUUGACUGCAAUCGUGGCUGCCCAAUUAGUUUGAUUCUUACUGACACUAAAUUGAGUGCCGCCGGUUUUAUUUCCGUGCUGCAACAUAGUGGGAAAAUUGUGCUAUUUGUAAUGAUGCUUCUUCAAUAUAGAGUUAUCUUUCUGGUAUGUCACUGCUAUAUCAAAGCAAAUUGAGUAGCCAUUGAUGCACUCUUUGCUAAUUGGUGCUUGUUGGAAUACAUAGAUUUUGUGGAGAGUCCUGGUAUUGUUUCGGGAUAUUCUCUUUAUGCUUAUUGUAAUCUGGAGUUCAUGCUCUACGUCCCCCCCCC